GACUGCAGACACAGUACAGGAGAUGACCAGAGACUGCGGACAUAGUAAAGGAGAUGACCAGAGACUGCAGACAGUACAGGAGAUGACCAGAGACUGCGGACACAGUACAGGAGAUGACCAGAGACUGCGGACACAGUACAGGAGAUGACCAGAGACUGCGGACACAGUACAGGUGAUGACCAGAGACUGCGGACACAGUACAGGAGAAUGACCAGAGACUGCGGACACAGUACAGGAGAUGACCAGAGACUGCGGACACAGUACAGGGAUGACCAGAGACUGCGGACACAGUACAGGAGAUGACCAGAGACUGCGGACACAGUACAGGAGAUGACCAGAG